AUGCUUCUCAGCCGGGCCUCAGGGCAGCCUCUGAUGCUGCGAGACCUAGAACCCCCGCGCCUUCGCCGGAGACGAGAGGCCAAGAAGAAAGCCCGCGGCCUGCGCCGAGACGGUCCCGCCCCAAACGCAAGCCCCUCCCCCUGCAGGGAUCCCCGCCCACGGGAACCCCCCGGGAACCCCGCCCCCAGGGAACCCCGCCCCCAGGGAACCUCACCCCUCCACGGGAACCCCGACCCCACGGGAACCCCGACCCCCCGGGAACCCCGACCUCCAGAGAACCCCGCUCCCCGGGGACCCCGACCCCAGGGAACCCCGCCCCCAGGGAACCUCACCCCUCCACGGGAACCCCGCCCCCUGGGAACCCCGACCCCACGGGAACCCCGACCUCCAGAGAACCCCGCCCCCCACGGGGACCCGCCCCCAGGGAACCCCGCCCCCAGGGAACCUCACCCCUCCACGGGAACCCCGCCCCCCGGGAACCCCGACCCCACGGGAACCCCGCCCCCCGGGAACCCCGACCCCCACGGGGACCUCGACCCCACGGGAACCCCGCCCACGAGAACCUCACCCCUCCACGGGAACCCCGCCCCCCGGGAACCCCGACCCCACGGGAACCCCGACCUCCAGAGAACCCCGCCCCCCGGGGACCCCGCCCACGAGAACCUCACCCCUCCACGGGGACCCCGACCUCCAGGGAACCCCGACCCCAGGGACCCGCCCCCGGGGAACCCCGCCGGCCACAGAACCGCUUUCCAGCUCCGCCCUCCUGGUCCCCACGGGCGUCGGGACAACCAGGUCCUUAUGGGUCCCUCGAUGGCUGUAGCCCCGGGCGGCGGGCCCCACUAA